AUGGUUUCCGAGUUCCGUAGAAAGAAAUACAUGGAGGUGUUCAACUCGUUCGACAGGGACUCGAGCGGAACGAUAGAGAAGAAAGACUUCGAGAUCGCUGCUGAGGAGAUAGCUAAGGCGAACGGUAAGGUCGACGAAGGGAAGCGCAAGGAGUAUCUAAGCACACUUUUGAAGAUAUGGGAAGGAAUCGCCAGCCAAGCGGACUCUAACAAGGACGGCCACGUCUCCGCCGAGGAAUGGGUCGCGCUGUGGGAUGCUUACGCGAAGAAUCCGUCGGCGGCUCAGGAGUGGCAGAGCGUUUACUGCAAGUUCACAUUCCAACUCCUCGACACCGGUGGCGACGGCACCAUAGACAGCGGCGAGUUCGUGAAGGCUUACGAGGCGUGGGGCUUCAAGAGGAACGGCGCCGAAGCCCUGUUCGAGAAAAUGUCGGGGGGCAAGCCGGCUAUCUCGUGGGCGGAGUUCCAGGUGCUGUGGAAGGAGUAUUUCGCGGCGGACGACGUCAAUGCGCCUGGUAACUCCCUUUUCACGUCGCCUCCGUCU